AUGGAGGAAACUGGAGCAAUAGAUUUUUGUGCUUUAGAGAGAGAACUGCAGGCUGCUGUUGCUGCUGAUGAAAAGUAUCAAAGAGAAAACGAUGCCAAGUUCCGAGCCAUUCAUCAGAAGGUGGCAUCCUAUGAAGAAUUCAGGGAUAUUGUGCUGGCAUCACACCUGAAACCUCUAGAGAAAAAGGACAAAAUGGGAAAAAAGAAAAACCUGUGGAAUUCCUAUGCUACCCAAGCUAAUGGCAAGCAGGACAGAGAGAUGGAGCUAGCCCAGGGAUGGGAUGGACUCCCUGAAACGUCUGCAGACUUUUACAGAUAUUGGCGCAGAUGCUUGAAAAGUGGACAGGAAAAAUACCAGUUCCUGUUUCAGCUCGGCGGCAAGGGCCUGGGCAGAAUCUUUCAAGCUGAUGUUGGCUUUGGCCUCCUGGGUGAAUUUCUUGUGGUGCUGGCCGAGCAUGCCUGUAGGGAAGACAGAGAAACCGUCCUGCAGCUAUUACAGAGCCUUUCUGGGACCAAGCGCUUUGGACUCAAUGUGGCUCUCCUGAGCCAGGUGGAGAAGGAUAGCUGCAGGGACUUGUUUGGGAAACUACAGAGCAUGGGCAGGAAUUGUGGUGCUGAUGGCCUUCCUGAGGGCACAGCUGAUCCAGCUGCUUUGCAGGAAGAGGAGAAUGAGGCUGAGAGAGAAACCCAUCUGAGGGGGGCUGGCCAGCGAAAGGAGGCAGACGACAGACUAAUUAAAGAGCUGGUGAAAUGUUACCUUGUUAGCUGA